AUGGACACUUACACCCCAGAGCGCGAAGCGCACGACGACUCGACCCCUCACAUGGGGACCGACGGCGAAGGCGAUGGCGGGCCGCGGCCUCGGGGAAAACCCCGAGAAUGCUAUAUUUGUCGCACCCUCGUGUAUCCUACCUAUGUAGAGCCGACUGGGCUGGGCCAGAUGCUGGGCAGACCACCGACGAGGGCUUACGAGGACGAGGACGGCCGCCUGAUCUGCCCGUGCAAGUGCUCGGGCUCGACCAAAUGGGUACAUGAAGGUUGCAUACAGCAAUGGCGAUACACCAACAUUGGCUCGACGAAUUACCGGAGGUGCGAACGUUGCCACUACGAGUACCGGUUCCAGCGCAUGGACUGGGCCCAGCGGUUACGGAGCCCUAUCCUGGCCUUCGCCUUGGCUGUCAUGAUCGUUGCCCUCCUCAUUUUCCUACUAGGCUUCAUAGGUGACCAGGUGCUGGGCCUAUGGCUUGACCCGGCGGGCACUAUCUACGGAGCUCUUGGUGGUGAGGUAGACGACUGGGAACUGGACCUGGACCUUGAUGCAUCGGAGCUGGGGCUCGAUGCUCUCGAUGAUGACGGCUGGAGUCUCCAUUUCUUGAAAGGUCUCUUCUCACUUGGUUUGGUGGGAAUGGUCAAGGUAAUUUUCCUAAGCCCGUUCCAGUGGUGGAAUAUACGGGCGACAGGCAUGCUCUCAGGUGGCCGCCGCCGGGGUGGCACUGGACGCGACCGCUUGGAGAACAUCAACUUGAGCAUGGUUCUCAUUGGAACCAUUACCUUCUUCUGGAUGGUUUGGACCGCGACACGAAAGUGGACCAAACAAGCACUCGACAAGGCUAGCGAGCGCUUGUCAAAUGCUCAGCCUGAUGACGACGACGACGAUGAUGAUGUUGAUGAUGAACACGUGGGUGCAAACGCUGAGGGCAGUGGUCCUGAUGCGGCAGAACCCACAGAACCAAGUACAGGCCCUACAGGUGCUGAGAAGCUUGAUAAGGAUCUAUAA